AUGAACAAGCUCCAGACCAAGAAGCCUUGGAACAUGUCCUUCUCCUUCGGGCGUGCCCUCCAGCAGAGCACCCUCAAGGCCUGGUCCGGCAAGAGGGAGAACGAGGAGAAGGCCAGGGCGACAUUCCUGGUGAGGUGCAAGGCCAACUCUGAGGCCACCCUCGGCACCUACAAGGGCGAUGCCACCCUCGGCGAGGGCGCCUCCGAGCGCCUCCACUUCAAGGACUACAAGUACUGA